AUGUCGACGACGACGUACUCGGUGGCAAAAGCUGCUGCUUCGAACGUAGACUCACGAGUGUUUGUGCCGGCGUUCACGGUGCGGAUCGAGGGUGGCCACCAUUCUCGCCCACUUCGUCCCGCGGUCGGACUGUACAGCACCGAUCUGCUCGUUGGUCCGCCUGGCGUCUUGUCGGCCACGUCCAUUCGCAACGAGCGUGUCGAUCGGCUGAAGUCCAAGCGGUCGUGUGGAGCCACACAGCCGGACCCGUCGAUCUCCCACAAACGACGUGCUAGUGCUGCGAAACGCCAGCGGGUAAAGGGUCGCUUUGUCCGCGACACGCACACGUUUGUUUCUAUCACGGCGCUCCAGAAAUAA